AUGAAUCAGGAAGUUUAUCAACAACAUCAACGGUAUUAUUUACAAUUCGAAUAUUAUAACAAAUGCAAACAAAUAUACAAACUAGAAGAACAAAAUCAAAAAUUAUUAUCAACAAUUAAUGAUAAAAUCAAUGCAUUUGAAUGUCAACUAUUAAAACAACAUUUUGAUAGAUUAAAACAAAAAGAAGAAACAAAAAUUAGAACAAUUCAUAAAGAUAAAAUACAACAUCUAUCCAAAGGUAAUAUUAAAUUAGACCAAGUUGAUGUCAAAAAAGUUAUGCACAAUAUCUCGUCUCGUGAAGUGUUUGCUGAAGAAGAAUCUAUUGUAUUAUAA